GCCUACCGGUGCGAUAAUAAGGGAAACCCUGCCUCUUAAGGGUAUAUUUCCUUCACAUAGCUCAACCGUGUUGAUUACGAUCCGGCAUUAUAGGAGAAAACGACAAAUCGAUACGAGUAACGAGCCGUCGCCGCCGCUGCCGCCCAGUACACCAACACCAGUCAUUCAACUUCGUCCAUAUCAACAAGAAUGCAUCCAAGCAUGUGUGGACAAAUUUCUCAAAGAAAACGUUCGUAGACAGGCGGUAUCACUUCCUGUUGGUAGUGGUAAAACGGUGAUAUUUUCGAAUUUGAUCCAGCAAAUACCACCCCCACAACCGGAUGCCACCAAGGUUUUAGUGAUAGCACAUCGACAAGAAUUACUUCAUCAAGCCUACAGACAGAUUAGUUCUCACGUAUCGAACAAGGGACUGAUUGUUGAGAUUGAUCAGGGUAGUAAAAUAGCAAAAGGUAAUGGCGAUGUCAUCAUUGGGAGUGUGCAGACAUUAGGUCGACCUUCAACUCUUAGACUUGCCAAGUACAAUCCCGACGAAUUCAAAGCCAUUAUUAUUGAUGAGGCCCAUCACGCUACGGCAGCUAGCUACCGGCGUAUUCUCGAGUACUUUAAUGCUGAUACCAAAGAUAGUAAAGUUUUUGUUUGGGGAUGCUCUGCCACACUGUGCCGUUAUGACGGAAUAGCUCUGAGCAGUGUUUUUGAUGAGAUUACGUUUCAUCGCGACUUUUUGGACAUGAUCAAAGAAAAAUGGUUAUGUUCGUUUAGAGUAACGACAGUAAAAACGGAACACGAAAUGCCAAACAUAAAGAGUGUAAACAACGAUUUCGAUGUUGGUUCGUUGGCACAAGCUCUUGAUACUCCGACAAGAAACCAACUGGUUGUUCAGAUAUACGCGUCGCAUGCAAAGGAUCGUAAAUCAACUCUUGUCUUUGCGGUAAACAAAGCUCAUGUAAAUGCGUUGACAGAAAUGUUCAGAGAGUAUGGAAUAGAGGCACACGGUAUAAUUUCUGAUACGCGGAGCCACAUUCGCACCGAGAUUCUCGAGAGAUUCAGAAGACGUGAAUUUCCCGUAUUGGUAAACUGUGGAAUAAUUACCGAAGGCACAGACAUUCCACAGAUUGACUGUAUCAUAAUGUCACGUCCAACUAAAUCACCAGUGCUAUUUACUCAAAUGCUUGGCCGAGGGAUGAGGUUAGCUCCAGAUAAAGAAGAUUGUUUGGUGCUCGACUUUGUUGAUUCUUAUAGCAAGAUACCGGAUGUACAAACAGUCCCAACAUUGUUUGGGAUGGAUCCAAUGACAGACUUUAACAACCAAACAGUUUUUGACAUUGAGGAAAUGAAUAAUGAAAUUGGUCACAAAACCCGGGAGGCUGAUGAAGGACGAGACUUUUCAUUGUAUACGCAAACGAUACGUGAAUGUGAAAUCACAUCUUGGGACAAUCCAUUUGAAUUUGUAGACGACUGUUCUGGAAUAGGAUCUAUUCUUCAGCACACCACGAAUGCAUGGGUAAACGUCGGUCCAGACAGUUACGUGCUUAAUCUAGUUAAUGGAAAGUCACUACGAAUAGAUAAAGGAGGUGAUGGUAUUUAUAGAGUAAAGCUCCGACAAAAAUUUGUUACUGAUGAUAAUCAUUGGACAAAGACCGAUUAUCUCAAAAUUGAAACCGAAUCAUUAGUAAAUGCCGUACGCGGAGCCGACACAUGGGUGAAAAACAUGUUCAAUCAUAUGACAAUAUGUCGAAGUAUAUCGAGAUUGGCUCUUUGGAGACGCGAGCCUGCUACAGAUUCGCAGAAAAGAUUUUUACAUGGACUUGCCAAUAAUUGGACAUUAAAAGUGAAAGAGGAUAAAAUGAUCAAGUCACACAAGAUAAAAAAAUCAAAGAAUGAAUUCUUGCGUGAAGGAAGCUUGAGUGCUCUUUCGUUGUCGGACAAUA